AUGUAUGUGUCUAUUGCAUCAUGCGCAUUCGAAAUAGAUGGCGCUGCCCAAAGAAAAGUUAUUGGCUUUGGCGUUGUUUGUUUUCCUCUUGAUUCAUUUGUUUUCCAACGAUGCAACUCGGUACAAAAUAUGACUAAUAUUCAUCCAUCGGUAAAAUGGGGUCAAAAGAAGGAUCAUAUUUUAUUAACAAUUGCCGUUCAAGAUAUUGAAAAACCAGAGAUCAAUAUUGAACCAGCGAAACUUCAUUUCAAAGGACAACAAACAAAAGGGUUAAUCUAUGAUGCUACAUUGGAAUUUUUUGAUGAAAUCGAUCCACAAGCAUCAAAAUAUCGUAAAGUUAGCCAAAAUCACUGGGAAUUUAUGUUGAAAAAGAAAGAUCCAUCAAAACCAUUUUGGAAACGGUUGAUUAAAUCAAGCGAAAAGUGCCAAUGGAUUGCUGUCGACUGGAAUCAUUUUACAGCUGAAGGUGAUGACGACGAUGACAUGGAAGGCGGCUCGGAUGGUAAAAACUGGGGUGAUUUAGAUGGUAUGUUCAAACAAAUGGGCGGUGGUUUAGGAGGUCCAUCGGCAACGGACAUGAAUGAUCUCGAGGAUGAAGAAACCGACAGCGAUGAUGAACCCAUGCCCGAUCUCGAAGAGGUGCCAAAAUCCGACGACGAUAAAGCAAAACCAAAUGAAAAAACAAACUAA